CCACAAAUCGUGAGGCGCGAGUGAUAGACUAAAUGAACGCUGUUUACCACCGAUAAUGUCACAGAACUUUUGUAACCAAGCCCACACUUCACCCGUGCAGUCAUAAGACCUUUCCACUCAGAUAGAUCGGCAUUAGUGACUAAGCGUUCACAAUGGCGAUACCUUCCUGGCUAUUGGCCCAGGCCACAGCUGGAGCUGCUACAUACGCUCUCGUGCGAUAUAGACCUCUACCGGAGGGAGUCUUUCUUUCAACCGCCAGCCAUGUCAAAACCUUCUUCGUCAUUUACUCUAUUAUUCUGUUUGGAUGGGUUCUAUACGCUCGGUUCAUCCACCCCAAGUGGCUGAGUCCCCUAAAUAAGCUACCGAAGCCGCCGGGUGGCACUUGGUGGAACGGUCACUUCAUGCAAUGUUUCUCGGUUGGGACGGGUGAGACUGAGGCGGGGUGGAUUCGUUCGAUUCCCAACGAUGGGUUCAUCUACUACCUGCACAUCUUCAACACGCCGCGCGUCAUCGCCACGUCCCCCAAGGUGAUCCAGGAGCUCUGCACGCGGGCCGACGAGUUCGUCAAGCCCAAGUUCAUCCUCUGGCUCGCCGAGAAGCUGCUGGGCAUCGGCCUCGUGCUGGCCGAGGGCCAGCACCACCGCCGGCAGCGACGCGCCUUCCUGCCCAUCUUCGCCCCGCGCCACGUCCGCGAGAUGUACCCCAUCUUCUGGGACAAGACGCGCGAGGUCACGCAGAAGCUGGCCGGCAUCGUGACCUCGCAGUCGCGCACCGGCGAAUCCGUCUUCGAGGUCGGCCACUGGUCGUCGCGCGCCGCGCUCGACAUCGUCACCAUGGCCACCCUCGGCGCGGACUUCGGCGCCAUCCAGGACGAGAACUCCAAGCUCGCCAAGACCUACCGGCUCGCGCUCGAGCCCACUCGCGGCUACCUCUUCCAGGCUCUCCUCAAGCUGUGGUUCCCGCCCUGGCUGAUUGACGCCAUCCCCAACAAGUGGAACCGCAGUCUGCGCGAGUACGUGCCCGUUUUCCGUGGCGUGUGCCGCGACCUGCUCAACAAGAAGCGUCUCGAAGUCGCCGACAAGACGCGUGAGAAGGGCAAGGAUCUGCUCAGUUUGUGCUUCCACUACGAGGAAGUCGCGGACGCCGACGAGGAGGAGCUUAUCGAUCAGCUCUCUACGUUUAUGGCCGCCGGACACGAGACUAUCUCCGUCGGUAUUACCUGGGCUGUCUACAUGAUGUGCUUGCACCCGGAGUGGCAAGAACUGUUACGCGCCGAAGCCCGAGCUCAUUUCCCCGACCCCACCGGCAGCACUGAUGCGGCAAGUGACAAGAAGGUUACGAGCGCCGACGUCGAGCAGAUGCCCCUCAUGCAGGCUUUCAUCAACGAAGUCCUCCGCUGGUACCCGCCCAUCCCACAGACGCUGCGUGAGCCCCUCCAGGACACCGUCGUCUGUGGCCAGCUCCUGCCCAAGGGUAUUUCGAUCGUCGUUCCCAUCAAGGGUAUCCACCGUCACGAGGACGCCUGGGGCCCCGACGCCAACGUCUUCAACCCACGGAGAUGGCUGAACGCGGACGGCUCCUUCAACUCGACCGGAGGUGCCGUCUCGAAGUACGCCAACCUUUCCUUCAUGCAAGGUGUUCGCAGCUGCGUCGCCAUGGGCUUCGCCAAGGCCGAGAUGGCCUGCGUUCUCGCCGCCUGGGUCGGCCGCUUCGAGUUCGACUUGGUCGACGAGGAACUGCGCGACGAGAGCAACAUGAAGACCUCCAACGGAGGCUUCUCCGGCCGUCCUAAGCACGGUAUGUUUGUCAAGUGGAAGGUUCUCAGCGGAUGGGAUGCCUAGGUUCCAGGCGUUUUACGGAAACGGAAAUGAGGGAAGCAUAGAUUUUUUUUUCCACAUCAUCAUGAUUCGAUUUACAUGUACAAGGUACUACCUAUUUGGUCAGUUUUGGGGGGGGGGGGGGGGGGGGCAGGGA